GUGCAUUUGGAGAAUCUGUGAAAGGAAGAGGAGCAACGGACUUCUCUUCUCCUUCAUUGAUUUUCCUUCUCUCGUGGGCUGCAAAGCAGCUCCCAACACUAGGGCGAGAUCACAUUGACGAGACCAUGGCGAGCACAAACAGUGCCAAUACUAUCCUUUAUUUGUCGUCAUUCCUAAGAAUCCUGAUGCCAGUGUUUGAUGUCGCCAGCUGGCUAUUGCAGUCUGGUGAUCGGGGAAAGGACGAUGUGGUCGAAUGUCAACCGACGUUCGCGAGGCAAACCUUGUAG